UGUUCCUCUGUCCCACCUGAAACCGCAAACCAAAAGAAAAGAAAGGGAGAGCAAACAACGCGACGGAAGUGAAGCCUAGAAUCGUCUUCGUUCGUCCGAUCCUGAUCAGAUGGCCCGGGUUGCGUCCAGCUGUGCCGCCCUUGUGGCGCAAAGGAGGGGAUUUUCCGCCGCGAUAACCGCAAUCGAUGUGUCGGUGAAGAAGGUCGAGGAGAAGGCGGUGAAGCUGGGUAUGGCGGCGACGGAGGACACGACGGAGGACAAGACGGCGUUCUGGGAGCCGGACCCCAAGACCGGCGACUACCGGCCGGUGACCGGCACCAAGGAGGUGGAUCCGGCCGACCUGCGCGCCGAGGUGCUCAAGCGGAGGUUGCUGCAGCAGCAGUGAUGCGCGUGCUGCAAACACGCUGCCGGCCCAGGUUCAUACCGCCAUGUACAGCAAAACGUGAACGGGCGUGGUAACUAUAUUUACUAUGCGCCAUGUCGGACAACAACCUGUCAGGAAAUUGCUUCCUUUAACUCUAGCAAAUACUUACACUUUUACUUGUUC